UCUGUCUGUCUGUCUGUGUCUCUCCUCAUGCCCUCUGGAGGUGCCGUGGCUGAUGGGCUGCGCUGUGUGAGCCCUGUGCUCUGCACUAACACCCUUUCUUUGCCGUUUUCCAGCUUUAUCAGCGAUGAGAAGUAGCAGCAGCCAUUAGCAAUGGGUGAUGUUUUAGCAUAUGAGGCCGAGUUACUUGGACUAGUGAAAGAGUACUUGGAUUUUGCCGGAUUUCAAGAAACAGUGAAAGUAUUUAAAAAGGAAUGUAAAAUAAAAGGGAAGCCACUGCCUAAACCAGCAAAUGUUUCCUCAGAAGAUUCAUUGCCUGUUCAGGAAGAAAUGCUUACAGCAUUUGAAGAUGGUGAUCAGAAAGUUUUCUUCCAGCUCUGGGAGGAGCAUAUUUUGUCUUCACUCCAUGACAGUGAUCCAGCUGCUCAGAACCUGGAGUUUUAUCUCCACAUCUACUUUGCCACCUUCCUCUUGAAACAAACUAUGGGAAAGCCUGACAAAGCUGAACUUGAUGAAAGGAUUUCUUAUUUCAAGGCAUACCUGGAAACAAAAGGAGCUGCACUGAGCCAGACUACAGAGUUUCUUCCCUUCUAUGCUUUGCCAUUUGUUCCAAACCCCAUGGUGCAUCCUUCCUUUAAAGAACUUUUCCAGGAUUCUUGGACACUGGAUUUAAGGACAAGAUUGGAAACGUUCCUGUCUCAGGCUCUCAAAGCCAGACAGACUCCUCGGCUUCUCACUAUAUUUAAGGAGAGUGGACAGUGCAACAAAGAAAUGAUGCAACACCUUCAUCAGCAGUUAGUGAAGCGUGAGCACAGGUACAUGACCAACCUGAAACGACUGCGCAAGUUGCAGAUGGACUACCGUGGUCUCCUUGAAGUCACUGCAGAGCUGGUGGAUUCUUUGGAGGCCACAGUCACUGGCAAGAUGAUUACACCAGAAUAUAUUCAAAAUGUUUGUGCUUGCUUGUUUAGCAAUCAUUUGAAACAAUCUGUAACACACAACAUUGACUUCACAAGGCCUGGAACUGGAUAUUACUCUAUGAGCCCUUGUGAUGACGGAUAUGCUUCCACACUGAUAAGAGCAUCUUUAUCCUCUAUGAAGGUGCAGGAUGUGCCAUUGCUGCCCUCUCUGGAUUAUGAGAAGCUGAAGAAAGAUUUGAUUACAGGCAGUGAUCGUCUCAAGGCCCUCCUACUGCAGGCUCUGCGCUGGCGCUUGACAACGUCAUAUCCUGGUGAACAGAGAGACACUAUCAUGCAAGCCUACAUCAAUAAUGACCUCCUGGACUGCCACAGCAACUGUCAGAGAAGUGUCCUCCAAUUAUUAUAUUCUAAAAGUGAGGUAGUCAGACAGUAUAUGGCAAGGCUCAUCAAUGCUUUUGCUUCACUGAUAGAAGGUCGUGCCUACCUUUCUCAGAACCCAACAUUGCUGCAAAUGCUGGAGGACAGACUGAAAGCUGAAGACAAGGAUUCCCUUACAUGGGAGAAUGUUCUGGGGGCUCUGCAGAAAUUCAGCCUCAGGCGCACACUGCAGUCAGCAAUGAUCCAGGAUGGGCUCAUUUUCUGGCUGGUUGAUGUUCUAAUAGACCCAGAUUGCCUGUCUGAUUACAACCUGGAGUAUUGUGCUGCCCUGCUCAUGAAUCUUUGUCUGAGGAGUGCAGGGAAGAAAAUAUGUGCAAGUAUCCCAAACGCCAUGCUCAGAGUUCUUUCUGGUCUUCUUGACCACGAGAAUCCUAAGGUCCAGUCAUAUGUGAAUGGAGUACUGUACAGUAUUCUGGCCAUCCCUUCUGUCCGAGAAGAAGCCAGAGAAAUGGGGAUGGAAGAAAUUCUGCGCUGCUUUAUCAAGGAAAGAAACGAAGAGAUGGUUCGACAGAUGGAAUUUGUUAUCAAGCAACUCAAUUCAGAAGAGCCAUUCAAUGACAAUAUUGUGUCUGAUGAUGAUGAGGAAGAGGAGUAUGAGGAAGAGGACAAUGACAUCCUGGAGCCUGAUCUGGACAAAGAUGAGGUUUUGCUGCCUCAGCUGGGGGAACUUUCCGGAGAGAAGCUGCUAACAACGGAGUACUUGGGAAUAAUGACUCACACUCCAAAAACUAAGAAGAAGCAAUUUGCUGGUGUCCAUCAGAGUAUAGAUGAGCCACUCCAGAGACCUGUGACACCAGGUUAUCACAGACCUGCAUAUCUAAUGCCAGAAAACGGUUCCAGUUCCUGUCACAACAGGGAUGAGAAGCUGCAGUCUCCAGCAAGUGGUGCCUCUUCCACUUGUGGUGGGAGACAGUCCAGCAUUUCUGACUUCUGCAUUUCCCCCUCAUCAGUUGAAAUGAAGUCAUCUGAAGCAUUUGCAUCAGGCCAUAGAAUGGACAAACGCAUCCCAGAUCCUUUAUCUUCUCAAUCUGCUGGCUUCACUGAGGACAAAGUAAAUGGUCCAUCACACAGUGACUUUGCCCUGGCCUUCACCAGCAAACCCAAGAUCCCGCGCACUCCUGACGGGCAGAGCAGCAGCCCCAGGAAGGGAAAGGUCCCAGCCAUUGCCCCCCAGUUCUCUCAGUCUGGACCCCAACAAGCAAGCCAUCCAAGCUCCCCAGGAUCUGCAAGGAGUAGACAGAGCAGCCAGUCCUACAGGAAGUGAGAACAGUUCCUUUCCUCGAGAAUCACCUGUCACAUUGCUGAAGGACAGAGCCAGCUUCCUGUAAUGAGCUUCACUGGUGACUGCAGAGGAGAGUGAGGCUGUUGGCACUGCAGGCCUUGCACAGGGACUGGGGAUUAUCUGAUGGGAUGUGUCUGUGGCCUCUAAAACUGCCUAAGACAAGGGCCUUGUUAUUCGAAUUUGAGUCUCAGCAGCAGCCCAGGACUGACAGAGGACAUGGAUAUUUUCUGAUUGUUUGCUCUAAAGUGACAUUGCCACCUUGAGAAGGAACUCUUGCUCUCUGCCUUCUGUGUCAGUGUAAAUGUCUCUGGAAACAGAAUGUAGGCUCAGCCCAGGAUUCUUACCAAGAAACUGCAUUUUUUACUUAUUGCUUGCUGAAGCAGCCUGCCAAUUGCUUUUUUAAAAUUUUGCCUGUGUGACUGGGUUGGGAGGUGUCUGUGUCCAAAGGAUCUGUGUGAAGAGGGACAGUGUCUGCCACAUGUGCAGAGCCUUGCAGCCCAGAGCACUCCUGUGUGGGGUGAGAUCUUCCUGACCCUGAAGAGGAGGUAUUUUAUCAGCUUCUGGUUGACCUGUAGCAGAUGAAAAACACUGUUACAGUGCCCAAGGCACCAUCCAUGCUCACCUCUGAGCUCUUUAUCUGCAGCAAUUACUCCUAUUACUUCUUUCUGCAUUUUUUUGUUUAACAUCUGUGGAAUGAAAAAUAUCCUUUUUUUCCCUGGAAUGAAGAGCUUUGCUUCUUCAUUCAUAGAAGAAACCAUGAGAAUGUGAACAGAUCAGAAGCAACUUUCUCUUUACAUGUAACUGUGCUCCAUCAUCUUUGGUGUUUGUUGGCUUUUUUAUGUUCCUCACUUCAGAGCAAUGACUGUUUAUGUCUUUAUGGAAUUUGUGCUGGUCUUUGGUGCAUGUGAAGUGCUGGCUAGACAAGAGAUAUCAGGAAUCCUUCCACUAAAUAAAAAGCAGCAGUUAGUUCUGCCAGUGAAUUACAA